AGAGAUGAGCGCUGUGCUGAACCCAGCUGGAAUCCACCCAUGUGAUGACGUCACAGGGCUCUGACAAGCUGGUGGUGCCGGAAGAAAAGAUGGCGGAUCAUGAGGAGCAGCUAUCCGACGAGGAAAAGGUACGCAUAGCAGCUAACUUUGUCAUCCAUGCCCCGCCAGGAGAGUUCAAUGAAGUUUUCAAUGAUGUGCGAUUGCUGCUCAACAAUGACAAUCUUCUCAGGGAAGGUGCAGCGCAUGCAUUUGCACAGUACAACUUGGACCAGUUUACCCCCGUGAAAAUCGAGGGCUAUGAAGAACAGGUCUUAAUCACAGAGCAUGGUGACCUUGGAAAUGGCCGGGUGUUGGAUCCCAAGAAUAAGAUCUCCUUCAAGUUUGACCAUCUGAGGAAGGAGGCCAGCGACCCAAAGCCUCAUGAUGUUGACAGCUCCCUGGAGGGCUGGAGGAGUGCUGUGGACUCAGCCGUCAGGGCCUAUGUCAAGGAGCACUAUCCCAGCGGAGUCUGCACCAUUUACGGGAAAACCAUUGACGGACAUCAAACCAUCAUUGUGUGCAUCGAGUGCCAUCAGUUUCAACCAAAAAACUUCUGGAAUGGACGCUGGAGAUCAGAAUGGAAAUUUACCAUCUCGCCAUCCACCACUCAAGUGGCAGGAAUUAUGAAAAUCCAGGUUCAUUACUAUGAGGAUGGAAAUGUUCAGCUGGUGAGCCACAAAGAGGUUCAGGAGUCCAUGUCAGUCUCUAAUGAGGCUUCAACUGCAAAGGAAUUUGUUAAGAUCAUGGAGGCUGCAGAGAAUGACUAUCAGACGGCCAUCAACGAGAAUUACCAGACCAUGUCGGACACUACCUUCAAAGCCUUACGCCGCCAGCUUCCUGUGACACGCACCAAGAUCGAUUGGAACAAGAUCCUGAGCUACAAGAUUGGAAAGGAGAUGCAGAAUGCUUAAAAACAGCAGAGAAGAUAACAGACAGACCCCCCCCCCCCCCCCCCCCCCCCCAACCCUCAUCCCCUCCCAAACAACGUUGCAUGACUGGAUAGUUGUAUCGUCUUUGUACAAAAAUUAGAGAAAACAGGGGCAAAGAAAGGUUCGGUCUCACAGUCAGAUAUCACAUCACACAUUGGAUGACUACUUCCCUUGUUUUUAUACAGACACUGUUAACUCCUCUGUAUAUUGAAUCUAUUAUGAUAAAAGUAAUUGUAUUUGGGAAAAUGUAACUUGAAGAAAUAUUGCAAGACAUAGGAAAGGUGGCGAACACUUGUAUGCAAAAACACCCUUACAAAGUACAGUAUCACGUGUGCAAUAUUUAUUGUGUCAGUGAGACCAUGCCAUUUGUUUGACCUAAUGGAAAAACGGUUUAAAUUUGCGAUGGUGAUGGUGAAAACAAUUUUUUGGGAGAAUUUUGUUUGCAUUUACAAAAGAGAGCGAUAUUACGGCUGAAACAAACGACUCCCUUCACUUCACGGUUAAUGUCCCAUACGGUCAACAACAAAAGAAAAAAAUAAAGGUUUUGUGUUCAUUGACUGGUAUCUCUUGGCACAAACAGCCACCACUGUCAGCCACUCAAUGUUCUUGUUCCCUCAUUUUGGUACUUCCUUCACCGUUUGUCCUGUAUGUGGGAUCUCAAGCUCGCAGCGCUCCUGGCUAAAUCGCCUUUUUGACUUGACAUCGUCUGAACUCCCACUCAGCGCAGGGAGUUCUGUGACCACUUAACAGCUUAAUUAACAAGUCAUCAGUCGUUAAGUAAUGUGCAUAAUGUCCAAUUUACAAUAAAAUCAAAAAGUAUCACUUUCUCCUCCAGUGCUUAUUUUUAUUAAAAACAGAACCUGACUGUAUUAUAUAACGAGGCACAUUGUAAUAUAUACCUGUAUGAAACAUCCUGUCUGUCAGUUUGGUGAUUUAUUUCCAUGAGAUUAAUUGUAAUUCAGUCACAAUUAUGUUGCAUUAAAUGACAAAUUUUCUA